GUUAUAAUUAGUAAUGAUUGAAUCAAAUAUGCUUGUAUGUGUAGAAUAUGCUUCACUACCAUACUACAGAUUGAAUAGAUUUUGAUUUUCGACACUAGACAUUGUUUUCCUAAUAAUUAGAAAGUAACCUAAUUUUCGCACAAUUUGAAUUUUUUGAAUUUCACGGGGACUGUCAUCGCUAGUACGCUAGUUUAUAUAUUUUCCGAGUCCAAGGUACAAAAGUGAAAAGUGUUUAUCGUAGUGCCUAAUAAAUCGUUCGAUUUCAAUUGCGUCCGAUAAAAAUUAAUUAUUAAUAGUAAUCAACGCGCAAAUUCAAGGUUUUAUAGUAUAGUUGAAAAAUAUCUUGUUUAAAUGUUCACUGAAAUAUACUACUUAUGAUUUAAUCAGAAUCAUUCAACUAUCUGGUGUUUUAAAGUAAUCAGUGCUGCUUUAAUCUAUAAACAAUUAUCAAAUGUCGAUUGGAAGAUAUACAGCAAGCAGGCAUUAAUUGAUUCCAAAGUUUCAGUGGAUCUUCCAUUAUUUCCAUCAUUUAUUGAAGGAAUUUUACAGAUAUUCCUAAAUUUUACAAUAUAUAAGAUGGAUUCUUCUUUUAUUGAUUCAAUAAAAAGAUCUACAAUAUCGCAUUUAUGCUUAGCAAUUAUCUUUUUCACUUCUGGUUUGAUUAUUAAUUUUAUACAAUUGAUAUUAUAUUAUACAGUGAGAAUUUAUAGUAAAAGAUUAUUCCGAAAAAUUAACUGGUAUUUGACCUACAGUGUUUACUCACAGCUCGUUUGUCUUGGUGAAUGGUGGUCAGGAAGUAAAGUUAUUAUUUAUGUUGACAGAGAAGAUUUCCAAAAAUAUUUUGGUAAAGAACAUGGUUACCUAAUAAUGAACCAUACAUAUGAAAUUGAUUGGUUAUUAGGGUGGAUAAUUUUAGAAAGAUUGCAAAUAUUAGGGAAUGCAAAAGCUUACUGUAAGAAGGCCAUUCAGUACAUGCCAGUUCUUGGGUGGGCUUGGAAAUUUGCAGAAUUCGUUUUUCUUGAGAGAAACUUUGAAAAGGACAGAAAAAAUAUUGAUCGUCAAGUUGCAGAAUUAUGUGAUUAUCCUGAUCCUAUGUGGCUGCUGCUCUACCCUGAAGGCACUAGAUUCAAUGAAGAAAAACACAAGGCUUCCCUUGAGUUCGCUCGUAAACAUAAUCAACCUGAACUGAAGUAUCACCUUCUGCCAAGAACAAAAGGUUUUGCAGCAAGUAUUCCUGCUAUGAGGGGCAAAGUUCCUGCAAUAUAUGAUUGCCUAACAGUGUUCACAGAAGAUGAACCUGUUGAUCCCACCAUGAAAAACCUACUUAUGGGUAAAUCUGUUACAGCACACUUGUAUUUCCGUAGAAUUCCUUUAGAAGAAGUUCCAGAAUCAGAGGAAGGAAUGGAUAAAUAUCUCAAGAAUCUCUUUGUUAUUAAGGAUAAAAUGAAAGAGGGCUUCCUAAAACAUGGAGAUUUCUUCAAAUAUACAGAAAAUUUGCCAAGAUAUGAACCUCUUAUUACAAAGAGGAGGUAUUAUACCCUAUUGAAUACCGUUGGAUGGUCCAUUGUUGUCCUUAUUCCUAUGAUCAGUUAUCUUUUUAAAUUACUGUUUAGUGGGGAGUUGGUUUAUCUGUCCAUCGCUGUUGGAAUCAUUGGAAUAUUUUACUUCUUGUUGCAAAAUUUGCUGAGCAUGUCUGAUAUCAAAAAAUCCUCCACUUAUGGAAUAAAUACAAAAAAAAGUAAUUGAAGCCAAACUACGAUUUAACAGUUUAAGUCAUCCUGAAGACAAUGAGAAGCUUGAUUUAGUGUGGAUACCUUAGGUACUACAGAUGCACCAUUAUGUACCUAUAUUUGUUUAUGAAACUUUUUUACAUUUCAAAUGUCACAAAAAAUAUUCGAGGAAAAAAUAAUACUGAAAAAAUUUAUGAUAAAAUCGUUUUUUGUUGGUGAGGUCUUAAAAUAACAUGUUGUUCAAUCUAUGUAACUUUUUGUUUUACAUUUUUCACUGAAACUACGUUGAUUAUUAUAUAAUCCUAAUAUCUUCCAAACAUGAAUAUGAACUAUUACCAUUGGCCUCCCUUUGAAGUUCUUUUUGCAUGGAUCCUAUCAUUCCUAUCUAUGUUUAUACUUUCAUUUACUCUACCACAAAAAUUUUGAAGAAAAAAAUUUUGAAUAUUUGAUUUUUCAUAUCAGCAUUCAUAAUUAAUUACUAUUAAUUUGUCAGCAUGAUUAUUAUCAUUAAUUAGUCUUCCACUUGUAGAGUAAUGACAGGCAGAGAACUUGAAUGAAUCUUUUUUCACAUUCAUUUGUCAUUUCAUUAUGUUUCAAUUAUUGUCAAUCAACUAUUUGCUUAAUAACUGCUGAUUUAUUCUUAUAAAAACCAAUGAUGUAUGGAUUCAUGUUAUAGAAUAAUAUAUUUAUGUUGAUUCA